UCUAGUUUUGGAGACCUUCUCUGUAUGCACCCACUGGGCCUAUGUAAUAACAAUGACGAAGAGGACUUGUAUGAAUAUGGCUGGGUAGGAGUGGUGAAGCUGGAACAGCCAGAAUUGGACCCCAAACCAUGCCUUACUGUCCUGGGCAAGGCCAAGCGAGCAGUGCAGCGGGGAGCUACUGCAGUCAUCUUUGAUGUGUCUGAAAACCCAGAAGCGAUCGACCAGCUAAACCAGGGCUCAGAAGACCCGCUCAAGAGGCCAGUAGUAUAUGUGAAGGGUGCGGAUGCCAUCAAGCUGAUGAACAUCGUCAACAAGCAGAAAGUGGCUCGAGCAAGGAUCCAGCACCGCCCUCCGCGACAACCCACCGAAUACUUUGACAUGGGGAUUUUCCUGGCUUUCUUUGUCGUGGUCUCCUUGGUCUGCCUCAUCCUCCUUGUUAAAAUCAAGCUGAAACAGCGACGCAGUCAGAAUUCCAUGAACAGGCUGGCCGUGCAGGCUCUGGAGAAGAUGGAAACCAGAAAGUUCAACUCCAAGAACAAGGGGCGUCGGGAGGGAAGCUGUGGGGCCCUGGACACACUCAGCAGUAGCUCCACGUCUGACUGCGCCAUCUGCCUGGAGAAGUAUAUCGACGGAGAGGAGCUGCGGGUUAUCCCCUGUACUCACCGGUUUCACAGGAAGUGCGUGGACCCGUGGCUGCUGCAGCACCAUACCUGCCCCCACUGUCGGCACAACAUCAUAGAACAAAAGGGAAACCCAAGUGCCGUCUGUGUGGAGCCAAACAACCUCUCGCGUGGGCGGCAGCAGAGGGUGACCUUGCCAGUGCAUUACCCCGGCCGCGUGCACAGGACCAACGCCAUCCCAGCCUACCCUACGAGGACAAGCAUGGACUCCCACGGGAACCCCAUCACGCUUCUGACCAUGGACCGGCACGGGGAGCAGAGCCUCUAUUCUCCACAGACCCCCACCUACAUCCGUGGCUACCCACCCCUCCACCUGGACCACACCCUGGCUGCUCACCGCUGCGGCCUGGAGCACCGGGCCUACUCACCAGCCCACCCCUUCCGCAGGCCCAAGUUUAGUGGCCGUAGCUUCUCCAAGGCAGCUUGCUUUUCCCAGUACGAGACCAUGUACCAACACUACUACUUCCAGGGCCUCAGCUACCCAGAGCAGGAGGGGCCGCCUCCACCCAGCCUGGCUCCCAGGGGCCCAUCCCGUGCCUUUGCGCCAAGUGGCGGUGGCAGCAGCCUGCUCUUCCCCACCGUGGUGCACGUGGCCCCGUCCUCCCACCUGGAGAGUGGCAGCACAUCCAGCUUUAGCUGCUACCAUGGCCACCGCUCAGUGUGCAGUGGCUACCUGGCUGACUGCCCCGGCAGUGACAGCAGCAGCAGCAGCUCUGGCCAAUGUCACUGUUCCUCUAGCGACUCUGUGGUGGACUGCACUGAGGUCAGCAACCAGGGCGUGUAUGGGAGCUGCUCCACCUUCCGCAGCUCCCUCAGCAGCGACUAUGACCCCUUCAUCUACCGUAGCCGGAGCCCCUGUCACACCAGCGACGUAGGGGGCUCAGCACGGGGGCCUGCCGGGCACCUCGAGGGCUCCCCACCACCUGAGGAGCUACCGGCAGCACAUAGUCAUGGUGCUGGGCGGGGAGAGCCUUGGCCGGGCCCUGCCUCUCCCUCGGGGGACCAGCUGUCCACGUGCAGCCUGGAGAUGAACUACAGCAGCAACUCCUCCCUGGAGCACAGGGGGCCCAACAGCUCUACCUCAGAAGUGGGGCUCGAGGCUUCUCCUGGGGGUGCCCCAGACCUCAUGAGGACCUGGAAGGGGGGCUCUGAGGGGCCGUCUUGUGCCUGCUGCUGCGAGCUCCAGCCCUCCACAUUGGGGCCCAGUGCAGGAGCAGCCAGUUCCUCGCUCCUGGGUCCCCCCCUCUGUGAGGGCUGCGGCCCUGUGGGUGGGGAUCCACAGCCAGGAAGCUCCCAGGGCCCAUACAGCCUUCACCCAGACCAUUUGCCUAGGACAGAUGGGGUGAAAUAUGAGGACGCACCAGCUCCCUCCAAGGGCUUCCAGAAGGUGCUGCGCAUCCAGAUGAGGGAGGCUGGCUUACAAGGAGGCAACUGUGCCCUCAGCACAGACUGA